GAUCUUCUUGGAUCGAGGUUGAAGCAGCUUCCGAAUGCAGCAACACAGUUCGAAGUAUCAGCACGAAGCAGCCGGCGGCCAAGUUGCCUAGGCUGGGAGGCUCCACCGCACCUGGACAGAUGCAAACUUUGCCCUUGGACAUACGAGGGGCGGUAGAGUCCACGAUCCCAGUCAAGAUUACCAUGCCUUGGGAGAGGGGACCCUUAGCUGCUCUAUUUGGCGGACAGUGGGGGCCCUACCGUCCUUUGUCGAUGACGCGGUUGCCUGCACCCAUACCUCCGCGGAAUAUCAAUCUCGAUAUCGAGCCCCCGAAGCCAAUAUCAAUUAACCAAGCAAGGUUGAGAUCUGUGAGGGCGGGGCAACCGGAGGAUGAUAGGGCUAGAGCAUUACAUCGCUUCAAGGUGCUGAUUCUACUGGAUCCAUUGGCCACUAGAGCAGGGCGACAGAUGACAGAUAUAGCGGGGCUUUGCAGUGACGAAGCUAGGGCUAUCGAGACGCUCAGGGACAUUUUGUCCCCCAAGUCGACGGGAACCCUAGUCAAAAGGUCUGGCUCUCUGUGGAGAUAUGCUGCAUUUUUGGCGGGUCGGGGUGUCACUUCCCCGUUUACGGCAGACGAGGCCAAUCUCUACUUGUAUUUACAGAAGCUUAAGACGGAGAAGUGCACCAGUACGGCGUCAGUCCUUUUGGAGGCGAUGAGGUUCGCUCACGGCAUGUUCGGGUUCCUUAAAGUCACCAUUGCCGAGCUUGAUUCACCCAGGGUAAAGGGAGCUGCGCACUCUAUGUUUGUGCAGAAAAAGGUGAGGUCGCAAGCUCCAGCCAUCCCGGUCGAAGUCGUGAAGAAACUCGUUGGACAUGCAGGAGACCCCGCAGAAGAGCCCCACGUGUCUAUGAUCGCAGGUCAGCUCUUGAAGUGCAUUUUUGGGGUUGGAAGAUGGAGCGAUUUCAGGAGUGCCGGGGGUCUCGAGAUAGAUGAGUUUGAGGGCACUGUGAUGUGGACCAUGUGGACCACGGAUCAUAAGACCGCUCAGACCAAGGAGGCCAAGACACGUUUGCUUCCCUUUUUAGGCCUAGGAUAUUGGCCGGGCUUCGGAAACUGGAUCAGCACCGUGAUCGACAACCAGACGGCGGCGGGCUUAGAUCAGGGGCUGCGCUCCUGGAACCAUCACAGUUCCAUGUGGAAUCCGUGGCUCAUGAGUUCGUCGGAAGCUACAGCUUGGUUGAGAGAGUUCGCAGAGCCAGUGGUUGGGCCGGAAGCGGCCCAAAAGCUUAGAUCGCACUCCUGCAAGCACACUAUGCUCACUUGGGCCGGGGGUUCGGGCCUCUUCACGAGGGAAGAGAGGACCAUGCUAGGUCACCAUGUUGAGGCGGCGACAAAGUCCGCUACCACCUACGAUCACAACACCAUGCUAGCUCUUCAAGCAAAAGUGCUCAAGAUGAUAGAGAUGAUCGCAGUGGGUUCUUAUCGACCGGACGACCCCCCAGCGGCUCGCCUUAAGGCGAUGGCGGGGUCGAGCAAGGACAAUCUGGAGGGUCAGGUUGAGUCGGCUGAAGAGAAACGCAUGCAGGAGGCAAAUCAAAGCUCUUCGUCCGAUGAUGACGAGGAGGCAGAACCUAAAGAAGUAAUCGAGGUUCAGAGAGAACCUCUCCCGGCUGAUGCCGGGAACUAUUCGUGGUUUCGGCACCGUGUCAGCAGCAUAGUGCACAUCGCUUCCGAUUCCAGUGGUCAUCGCUUGAGGACGCAUGACCGAGCCAAGACGUCUGCGAAGAGUGGAAUCGGUAGAUCCCCGAUUCUAGCGACAUGGCGCUUGAUAGUGAGGCCUCCUUCAGAUCCAGCGAACGCAGGCAUCGAUGACGCUGCUUUGAUGAACCAUGUUAACGGGCUGCUUACUCAUGCUUUGACUCCAACAGCAGUGGCGGGUCUUAGGCGCCUAGCCUUUGAGGCCCAGGCGCUGGCCCUCCAGGACUUGAAGACCAAGCUUGAGAGCCCAGCCGAGCACGAGCCAAAGGUUCUUCCCCUCCAGGAGAAGAUGGCUCGGCUUACACGGCAAAAGGAACGUCUUGUGGGGGUAGUGCUCACCCCUCACAAUACUCCCAGCCACGCCUUAAUAGACAAGGCGUGCUCGCAAUUGGAAGAAGGAUCUCUUCAGUGGAUCCAUCCCAACAAGUGCACCUCGCGACAUUCUGAGGCCCUCUCGGAGAAGCCUCAGACUUCAUUGUCAUUCGAUUCCAAGGGGUCCAUCAAGGUAAGCAAGGCAUCGCAUGACCUCGAGUGUGAUACAAGCAGCGCUCAUCUCUUGAGAGUGGCUCUUCAGAGACGUGCUCUCGCCUACGACGUGGCCAAUCUGUUCAGCUUCAGCGUCCUGGAGAGGUGGCAUCAAUCACUAUUUGAUCGACUUCAUCAUGUACCACCCCCUGGAUACUUGGCUACUUCCUUGCAUCAGCUGGUGGCUGCGGACAAGGCGCUGUGGUUGCUCGUCGCGGAGGACACCAGGGCGAAGCUCACGGAGAUGGACCCUGACCAGCCGGCCUUGAGACUAUGCGAGUCUCACAUGAACUACUACGCUGACCAUCCGGACGUCCUCUUUCAUCUGAUGCCCCUCAAGGCAGGGGGAGCGGCUAGCGGCGGAAAGCAGCCUCAGUCGGAUCAACCAGGUCGGUCUCGCAAUGCUCGCCGCCAGAACCGGAGUCAAGGCUCCAAGAUGACCCAGCAGGCGCAGGUCAAGCGGCCAGACAAUCCCGGCUACUCCCCCAUCGUGGUCCCGGAAGGCUGCACCAUCAUGUUCAACGGCGGCAAGCCCAUUUGCAAGAAGUUCAAUGUGGGACGAUGCAAAGUCAAAACGGCCAAGGGAGAUCUGGUGACUGAUAUGACUGGGGCUACGCCCCCAGAAGAAUUCGCAAGUGCAUUGAUCGCAGAUGGUGACCUGUCCUACGACAGUCUUCGCCGUCUUUUCUCCCUUUUGCCGCUUGAACCUCCGGCGAGGGGAGUGGGUGUCGGGAUGUCGGGCUCCUUCACUACGGGUGCCUACUCAUUCGGCGGCGAGGUUGGACUUCGCCGCAAUCUUUCCUCCUUCCCGAUUACGUCCUCUCUGCUUGCCAAGCACGUCCAGGCCAUUUCUCCGUCUUUUUCCUUCACGAGCGUGGCGCUUUUUCGUAAUUUGAAGACUCCUUGUCAUCGAGAUGCCAAUAACUUCCCCGACUCCUAUAACCUGGUUGCACCCGUGGCUCACUUUGAGGAGGGUGCCAUCUGGUGCGAAGAUGACGGCGGAGAUCAUCUUCUUCAUUGCGAUGGUGUACAGUGUCGUGGCCGUCUUCUCGAUGUUGCACGUGGACCAGUUCUUCUCCCAGCUGCUUCGUCGAGGCAUUGCACCUUGGAUUGGACAGGUGACCGCCUCGUCUUGGUCGCGUUCUCUAUCCGCGAGGCCCUGGACUUGCCGGUGAAGCUACGAGAUCGUCUCCGCCAGCUCCACUUCACUCUCCCGGACAGCGUUGGUGACCUUACUCAGCCCCCUCCUCUGACCCGAGGCCAGACGCAGGUCGCUAGGCGCCCCCUCAUGGUUGAGAUUUGCUCUGGGUCGGGCUCCUUGUCUGCGGCCUUUCGAGACCGUGGAUUCCCCACUAUGGCCAUUGAUCGCCCAGGUAAUGACCAUCGAUUGUGCCAUUCCUUCGUGCCCCUGGACCUCACGCUCCCUCGCAAUCAGGAUCUCUUGAUGGGCGCAUUGAAUGAUGCUGUACUCGUGGGACACGUUCACCUGGGCGUUCCCUGUGGAACUUGUAGCAGGGCUAGAGACAAGGCUCUUCCCAAGAAGGUUCGCGGCAAGUUCGCUGCUCCCCAGCCGCUGCGUGAUGCCGCUCAUCCCUUAGGUAAGCCUGGUCUUGCCGGGCCCUCCAAAGACCGUGUACGUGCUGCGAAUGAGCUGUAUCGAUUCGCGAUCCGGGUCGUUUUGUGGGCCUUCCAGCGAGGAGUUCCUGUGACCAUCGAGAACCCUUCACGCAGCUGGCUUUGGCCGGCUUUGGAAUGUCUCGUCAAGCGCAUGACCGCCGAGUACGGACCAGACUUGCGAAGGGCCUGGAAGUCUCUCCGCUACUUUGAUCUCGAUGCUUGCAUGUUUGGGGGUAAGCGUAAAAAGCGAACCAGGUUGGCUUCAUCUUUUGAUCUCUCCUCGAUGGCCCGCUCUUGUGACGGGCGACAUGAACAUUUGCCCUGGUCCAUCACCGAGGUCAACAACAAGCUCUCCUUUGCUACAGCCGAGGAGGCUCAGUACCCUUCGCUCUUUUGUCAGACCUUCGCCAACCUGUUUGUGGCGCAUUGGGAGCGCUCUGGUGUUUUGCUUCCCCCGCCCGGCAACUUCUGCUCGCUCUCAGGCUCGCGAGCUUCCCCUCCUCUUAUCCCUCAGUUUCGAGAGAUCGUCGAGGCACCAGUUGCUCCCCGGGGCGAGCAGUACAAGAUUCUUGCCUCCGAACAAGGGGGGGGUCUACAAGGCAAUAAGACGCCGGAGAACUCUGGUUGCAAAGUUGGUAUCAGAUGGACCCCUCAGGAGUUCCUUCAGCAGGCGAAGCAGGUCAAGCAUCCCAUGAAUCCCGAUCAGGCCCUGAGUGAGACAGUCAAAGACGCGCUCUUCCACAACCUCACGCUGCACCCAGUGGAGGUCGCCAAAUCUCGCAUCCAGGCCGUGAUAACCAUCAAACAGAUGGCGGAAGAGCUGGAAGAUCGAGAAAGGGAAUUUAAGGAUAAGUUGGACCCUAUUGUGUCUGCAAUCCUCAAGCCCAAGCGGCUUCUUCUGUGGAAGAGUUUGCUGUCCGCUGCAGAGUACGAUGAUAUGGCGAUAGUUGACCUGGUGGCAUCUGGGAUCCCAUUGACGGGCUCUCAUGGGGCGGUUCCAGCUCUUCCGGAGAAGCUAGUGCCAGCCACUGACUCACACGCAUCACUCUUGGCCUCAGCACCGUUGAGGAGAAUCGCCAUAACCUCGCGAAACAAGGAGACCUCGGAAAAGGAGCAAGCGGACCUAACCGAGGCGGCAGAUGCCGAGGUGAAGCGUGGAGAGAUUGAGGGCCCCUUCUCCGAGGACCAAAUUACGGAACACUUCGGAUCGUCAGAGUGGCUCCUGAAUCCGAGGUUUGCCCUGUAUCAGGGCGCCAAACUCAAGUUGAGAGUGAUAGAUGAUGCCCGGCGCUCUGGCCUCAAUGAAGCCUAUCAAAGGACUUGUGCGGCUACUCUUAUGGACCUCGACUCGUUGUCGUGUGUCAUAGCUGCGCUCGCCAAGGCCAUCGUUGAGGGGACAUUCCAAGGCUCCGAAGUCCACGAAGUAGUCAGGCUCGAGCAGUGGAUGGGGAGGACGCUAGACCUCUCCCGGGCAUACAAGCAACUGGCCAUCGACCCGUCUAGUCGUAGGGUUUGCGUCUUGGGAUUUCAGAAGGGCCCAUCGUGGAUUUACUAUCGCUGCAAUGUCCUACCUUUUGGGGCCCGAGCCUCCGUGUUCUCAUUCUUGAGAGUAUCCAGAAGCCUGCACUUCAUCAUGGCCAAGUACCUGAAGGCUCUGAACACAGUUUUCUUUGACGACUACCCGAUGGUGGCCACGGGGAGCGGAUCACAGAUCCUUCUGAAAUCCGCGUCGUCUGUGCUUAAUCUUUUGGGUUGGGCACAUGCGGAGGAAGGGGAGAAAGCCCCUGGCUUCCAACAGGAGUUUGUGGCUCUAGGAGUGCAGAUAUCGCUGAACAAUCUCGGCCAGGGUAGGUUCACCGUCAGCAACAAGCCGGGGAGGGUGGAAAAACUCGUGGCCAUGAUUCAGGAGGCGGCAACCAAUCCAGAUGUGGCGAAGUCGCUUCCAGAGCUGCAUGGCCACUUGAACUUCGCCUCAGGAUUCUUCUACAACAAGGGUUUGAAGUUCGUUUCCAAGGCCCUGAACAAGGCGUCCUCUGACCCGGCAUCGGAGGUUUUCCAAGGCCUUUGUAGAGUAGCUGUCUCCCUCCUGAGGGCGACUCCGCCAAGAUCUUUCGAUCUAAGCAUCUCGGGUCCCCCACUCCUCGUAUUCACGGACGGGGCGUGGGAAUCUGGUCGGGCCGGAGCGGGGGCGGUUGUGCAUUGUUGCGCUACUGGUGCAACCUUUGCAUGUGAGAUUCCGGUCCCUCAGGAGCUUGUUCGUUCGUGGCUCCGCGAUGCUGGAGAGCAGAUCAUAUGUCAGAUAGAGAUGUGGGCAUUUCUAGCUCUCCGGGUGGCCAUGUGUGAGCGCUUUCACGCUAUGCCCGUUUUAGCCUGGAUCGAUAACGAAGCGGCCAGGAACAUGGCACGCCUGAGCCAACACGCGGAGCUAACAAGCGGUCUGGUGCAGGCAUGCGUUGAGUAUGGUGCUGAACCAUUUGAGUUGCCAGAUGUGUCUGAACUGGUGCGUCA